ACUUAAUCGCCUCUUCUUCGUUUGCCUGCCUGCCUGCUUGCUUGCCUGCUCUCUGUCUCUCUUUGUUUGUUGUCGCUCACUUGCCUGCUGUGUCUGUAUGCGUGCGUGUGUGUCUGUUUUCUGCGAGCAAUCCAAAUACCAAUUGCACAUAUAAAAGAAAAACAUUUGAAAAUGGCGUCGCGGCGUUAAUAUCAAUUUCUAUUUCUUUAUCCAAAUCGCAUUUGAUUGUUAUUCAAAGACGUACACUUCUUAAUUGGUGUAAGGUUAUUGUCAUUGCUUCAGUUUUUUUCUGAGGUGCAACUCUCUUUCUCUCUCUCGCUCGCUGAAAUAAACAAGUUGUGUGUAAUUUAACUGCGCCUAAAUUUAUGCAAUCGAUUUUUGAACGAUACAGAGGAAAUUCAGCCGAUUCGAGUCUAAAGUGAACACGACUAUUAUAGAGACGACUUUUUUGGUCGAGAUUUUAUUUUUUCGGUGAUUUUUCCGUGUUUCAACGCUUUUAUGGCCGAAUUCGAAUAGAAGGACAUUUUGAGUGUGUUAAUUUUGUACGGCCAUAACAACAAUGACGGGCAUUUCACAACAAUUUUGCGUUCGAUGGAACAGUCAUCUGGGUAGCUUGGGCGCCGCAUUUCCUCAGUUAUUGGCGGGUCAGCAAUUUUUGGAUGUAACAUUGGCAUGUGAUGGUCAUCAAGUGCAUUGUCAUCGUUUGGUGCUCGCCGCCUGUUCCAGUUACUUUGAGAGUUUGCUGAGUGAAAAUCCCUGCAAGCAUCCAAUCAUCAUCUUGCCAAAAGACAUAAAACUAUGGGAAAUCCAUGCGUUGGUCGAUUUUAUGUACAAAGGACAAGUGAAUGUGUCACAGGCGGGCCUUCCACAAUUGUUAAAAUGUGCCGAAACGCUGCAAAUACGCGGCCUAUGCGGCACCGAAUCCUCACUCAACGAAGUGGCCAAUGGGAAAAUUGACCGUGAUCCAAACCUUUUGUCCAGCACAUGUAGUCCAAAUUUUAAUUUCACCUCAAUGUUUGCAUCAAAUCUACUGAAUGCCAACUAUCAAUCGGAUGACGAGCCACAGCAACCGUUUCGGCAACAACACGCCGAUUUCCAGCGUUCCGCAUUCGCCGACACCGCCAAAUCGACAACCAAUCAUCGCUCAAGUGAAACUCUAGUCAAAAAUAAAAACGCCCAUAAAAAUGCACACGCCAGCGAUAGAACGACCAAAGAUCAUUGCAAUGCCACGCUAAACACGACCAAACCAACGCUCAAACGGAUGAGCGACCAUGAAUCGGCCGGAUCCAACAGCGAACUGAACAUUAAAUGCGAGGAAAUUGAUUCUGAUGCAAAUGCAGCAGAUGAUGGCAUGGACGAUGAUCUCGACGAACAUUCGAAUUCUAAGCAAUCAGAAUAUACGAUGCAACAAAAUGAUGCGAUCGUCGUAGACAAUGAUUUACUUGUAGUUUGCGAUGGUUCAAAAGAAACAGCGCACAAUGGAUCCGAUUCAAAUGUACAAAUCGAUACAGAGAUUUUUCCCGCGAAUAAUGGCAACGAUACUAUGGUCGACAAUAAUGACGACGCCGACGCCGACGAUGAUAUUGACGAUCCGAAUUCGAUAACGAUCACACAAAAUGAUUGCGUUGACGAUGUGAAUGCUAUGUGCUAUAGUCCGAGUUGGAGUUUUACGGGCGAAGUGAACGCAGUACGCGUUGAAGAGGAGGUGGCCAGUCGUGAAUUUGAUUGUGAUUUAACCGAAUUGCCCACAUCGUUGAAAUUCAAUCGGAAUACGAUGAGUAUUUUUGUGAAACGAACCACUGCGGCCACCUCCUCCACCAUCGCCAAACCCGGUUUAACAAAGCGGCCGUCAACCAUCAAUCAGACGGACUUCAGUGACGAUAGUGAGAAUAUAGUUUGUUCGCCAAAUUUCGGUGCGAUUAGACGUGAAGCAACAAAUGGGGCAUCCCGAAGCACUGGCAACGAUCACCAUUUCGAAACAUUUAAUACUCAUCACUCAGACGAUGGCUAUACGAAUAUGUAUCAAUCGAUGGACAAUGAUGACGAACUGAGGACAGCCACUCGGGCAGACAGACGAAGUGAUCGACUCAUGGCAUUGCUGAAGUACAAAGAUCCAUUACGAAGUGCCGUUGUUUUGCGUAGCCCACGCGGUAAUCAGCCACGUACAUACACCACUGACGCACUCUAUGCCGCACUCAUGGAUGUCAAAUCCGGCGAAUCAAUUUACCGAGCAUCACAAAUUCACAGCGUUCCGCGGAAAACACUGCGAAAUUGGAUGAAGCGUUGGCACAUCAAAUCCGUCUACCCGAUGCCGUAUCAAUUGAAAAAAGCGGCCGAAAAGAAACGUCAAACCGGCCAACAGCUGAAUGAAACACAAACCGCAACAUCAUCAUCAACACAGGCCGAAUUAUCGCCAGAAAUGGUCGACACGAAUGAUUAUUAAGUGAAAGUAACAGCAAGAGCUAAACAAGAAAUGAAACAGCAGCCAAAAUUCUUUGAAAUUGAAAAAACGAAAGCGAAGCGCCAACUUUUGUAUAAAGAUAGAAGUGAUUUUUUAUUUAAAAUUUUGUGUACGUGGAAAAGUGGCGAAUGAGAGCGAUAUCAUAGUCGAAUUAGUAUCACUACGCCAUCUAAGCAACGUCUAGUCAAAAAAAGAAGAAACUUCGAAUAAUUUUCUUUAAUCACACCAUACCCUUUUUGUUCGUCUCAACAAAAUUCGAUUUUGUGUGCGUGUGUUUUUUGUGGCAAUAUUUAUUUGUUCAUAGCAUUAGAGCACAGAAGUCUAUCCAAAUGAAAUGUUUGAAAUUCAAAUGAAUUACCCAAUUUUAAACUAUUGUACAUUUUAAGUUGAACUUUGAAUAAAAAUUGAUGCUAAUUUUGACAUUUGAACCGAA